GGUUUAUUUAGAAUUUCCCGUUUAAUUUCAACCAGCUCGUUGAAAAGAAAAGAAAGAAUACACGUGCACCUCCAUCCGUGGAACUGCAUCCGAAUUUUCCCCUGCAAUCGCAAACCGAGACAUGAAUUUCUGGAUUUUUGAAAAUCGUUGUCAUUUGAUUUGAUCGAGCAUUUUUUGUUCUCUUUUCAUGUCACCUCGCAUAUUCAAUCAACCCUCCAAGGAAGUUUUAAACUUUGGUGGACGAAGGGUUGUAUUUCGCAAUCGGGUGUCUGUGAAAAGAGUGUUAAUUUGAAGGUAAUAAUAGCGAGAUAUUCAAGUUUUUGUAGAAAAAGGAAACAUGGGUGUGGAUUACUAUGAUGUGUUGAAGGUUAACAGAAAUGCUACGGAGGAUGAUUUGAAGAAAUCAUACAGAAAGUUGGCCAUGAAAUGGCACCCUGAUAAGAACCCCAACAACAAAAAGGAAGCUGAAGCCAAUUUCAAACAGAUUUCAGAGGCUUACGAGGUGCUGAGUGACCCUCAGAGAAGGUUGGUUUAUGAUCAGUAUGGAGAGGAGGGGUUGAAAGAUAAGCCACCGGACGAACCAUCAAAUAAUGGGUUCAACCCAAGAAAUGCAGAGGAUAUUUUUGCAGAAUUCUUUGGAAGUAGCCCUUUUGGAUUUGGAUCAUCUGGGGCAAACAAAUCUAAGAGAUUCCCCUCUGAUGGAGGUACUACACCCUUUGGUGGAUUUAGUGCGAAGGAUAAUAAUUUUCGAUCAUAUAGUACUGGACGAGGGAAUGUGCUAAAGAAGCCACUCCCAGUGGAAUCCAAACUUCCUUGCUCUUUGGAGGAAUUGUACACUGGAUCGACUAGGAAAAUGAAGAUCUCAAGGAAAACCGUGGAUGCUAAUGGAUGGACAGUUCCGGAAACAGAGAUAUUGACGAUUGAUGUGAAGCCGGGUUGGAAGAAAGGGACAAAAAUUACGUUUCCUGAGAAAGGGAAUCAAGAACCGAAUCAACUGCCUGCAGAUCUUGUGUUUGUGAUCGACGAGAAGCCUCAUGAUGUGUUCAAGAGAGACGGGAAUGACCUUAUUGUGAACAAAAGGGUGUCGUUGGCUGAGGCCAUUGGAGGAACCACAAUAAACCUCACCACGCUUGAUGGACGCAGUUUAAGUGUUCAAGUCACUGACAUUGUGAGUCCUGGUUACGAGAUGAGUAUUCCAAAAGAAGGGAUGCCAAUAACAAAGGAGCCUGGUCAUAGGGGUGAUCUCAAGAUCAAAUUUGAUGUCAGUUUUCCCACAAAGUUGACCCCUGAGCAACGAGCAGGACUCAAGCGAACACUCACAACUUGAUCAUUCUUCGAAUCAAAUCUUUGAAUUUAGUCAUCUAUUUAUCUUCGUACCUGUUCUUCAAUGUUUCUCAUAUUUGUCUACAAAGCUCUUGGCUUUCUUACCAUUUCUCUGUUUUUCUCCAUCAUUUUUAUAAUUGUUCAUUGUUUUUACUUUUUUUCUGGGGGGAGGGGGUGUAAUACGUGGGGCCUUCUGUUGCUGUACUUCUUUGCUGAAGAUGUAAAUAUAAUAUAGGUUCUAAAUUUCACGUAA